AUGACUGACGCGCUGCUCCCUGCGGCUCCCCAGCCGCUGGAGAAGAAGAGCGACAGCUACUUUCGUAAGGGAUGCAACCCCCUUGCACAGACCGGUCGGAGCAAACUGCAGAACCAGCGGGCCGCCUUGAACCAGCAGAUCCUGAAGGCCGUGCGGAUGCGCACAGGAGCGGAAAACCUCCUGAAAGUAGCCACGAACCAGAAGGUGAGAGAGCAGGUCCGCCUGGAGCUGAGCUUUGUCAACUCAGACCUGCAGAUGCUCAAGGAAGAGCUGGAGGGGCUCAACAUCUCCGUGGGAGUCUACCAGAGCACUGAGGAGGCGUUUACCAUCCCGCUGAUUCCUCUUGGCCUGAAGGAAACCAAAGAUGUUGACUUUUCCGUGGCCCUCAAGGAUUUUAUCCUAGAACACUACAGUGAAGACAGCUAUCUGUAUGAAGAUGAGAUCGCAGAUCUGAUGGAUCUGAGACAAGCUUGCCGAAGGCCCAGCCGUGAUGAGGCUGGGGUGGAGCUGCUCCUGACUUACUUCAUCCAACUGGGAUUUGUGGAAGCUCGGUUCUUCCCGCCCACCCGCCAGAUGGGGCUCCUGUUUACCUGGUACGACUCCCUCACCGGGGUUCCUGUCAGCCAGCAGAACCUGCUGUUGGAGAAGGCCAGCAUCUUGUUCAACAUGGGAGCGCUCUACACUCAGAUCGGGACGCGCUGUGAUCGGCAGACACAGGCUGGACUGGAGAGCGCCGUGGACGCCUUCCAGAGAGCUGCAGGAGUCUUAAACAACCUGAAAGAGACGUUCACGCAUACGCCGAGUUAUGACAUGAGCCCCGCCAUGCUCAGCGUGCUGGUCAAAAUGAUGCUUGCGCAGGCCCAGGAGUGCGUGUUUGAGAAGAUCAGUCUGGCUGGCAUCCGGAAUGAGUUCUUCGCGCUGGUCAAGGUGGCUCAGGAGGCAGCCAAGGUGGGAGAGGUCUACCAGCAGCUGCACACGGCCAUGAGCCAGGCACCUGUGAAAGAGAACAUCCCCUACUCCUGGGCCAGCGUGGCCCGAGUGAAGGCUCACCACUACGGGGCCCUGGCCCACUACUUCUCUGCCACCCUCCUCAUCGACCACCAGCUGAAGCCUGGCACAGACAUGGACCACCAGGAGAAGUGCCUGUCCCAGCUCUACCACCACAUGCCAGAGGGGCUGACGCCCUUGGCCACACUGAAAAACGACCAGCAGCGCCGACAGCUCGGAAAGUCACACCUGCUCAAAGCCAUCACCCUCCACGAGGAAUCGGUGAGAGAGGCCAGCCUGUGCAAGAAGCUGCGCAACAUCGAGGUGCUGCAGGAAGUGCUGUCGGUGGCACACCAGCGCUCCCGGCUCAAGUACGCCCAGUACCAAGAGGACGAUGACCUCCUGACCCUCGUCGACGCUCCUGACAUUAUUUCUAAGACCCAGCAAGAGGUUGAAGUCAUAUUGCCCCAGUUCUCCAAGGUGACAGUGACAGACUUCUUUCAAAAGCUGGGGCCCCUGUCCGUGUUUUCAGCCAACAAGAGGUGGACGCCUCCUCGAAGCAUUCGCUUCACCCCAGAAGAAGGGGACCUGGGAUUCACCUUGAGAGGGAAUGCCCCUGUUCAGGUCCACUUCCUGGAUCCCCAGUGCUCUGCUGCGCUGGCAGGAGCCAAGGAAGGAGACUAUAUCGUUUCCAUUCAAGCCGUGGAUUGUAAGUGGCUGACCGUGAGCGAGGUUAUGAAGCUGCUGAAGGGCUUUGGCGAGGAAGAGAUUGAGAUGAAGGUUGUGAGCAUGCUGGACUCCAUGUCAUCCAUGCACAAUAAGUGUGCCACGUACUCCGUGGGAAUGCAGAAGACUUACUCCAUGAUCUGCUUAGCCAUCGAUGACGAUGAUAAAACUGACAAAAGCAAGAAAAUCUCAAAAAAGCUUUCCUUUUUGAGUUGGGGCACCAACAAGAACAGACAGAAGUCAGCCAGUACCCUGUGCCUCCCGUCCGUUGGGGUGGCCAGGCCUCAGAUCAAGAAGAAGCUUCCCACUCCCUUCAGCCUCCUCAGCUCCGACAGCUUUCUCUACUAACGGGAGGAAAGCAAAUGGCAGACGCAAAGUGUUUCCAAGCGCUGACUCGGCCCUCAUCUGUGCCAGGAUGGAAAAUAUCAACAAGAGUCUCAUUUUCUGUGCCAGCUUGCACUUGAUGUGUUUUUAUGAAGGAAGGCAACAAGAAACCUCUGGAAAUUUCUGGAAAACAAACCUAUCGGAGGAAUAUCACUGUAUUGCCACAGUUUAUUUAUUACAUGUUGUAAAUAGAAUAAUGUUGACAUUAGGCUGUUUUUAACGGUUUGCAGUAGUAACUGUAGUCCCUGCUAGUUAAAUUGGAGUUACGUAUGUUAGUGCUGUUUUAGUUUCCAGGUUUGGGUAACGGCUGUUCCCAAUCCUAGAAUUCAGAUGAUCCCUGACUGAAGGUAGGCCAAAAGGCUCUAACCACAGCCUAAAUUAGUGUUACAAAGAGCUGUUCCAACCAGCUGCUUCUUAAAGGGACUUCAUUAACCUGAUUACUUCUACAUAAUAUGAAUGCUUUUACCAGAUAGUCAAGUGCCAAAUUUGUCUUGACUGGUUCAGUUUUGGAACAGGUUUUCUCCUACAGUUUGACGUCCUUCAGGAGUUGCUAACACAGUGGCAGUGUUAGGUGAAGAUGCUGUCUACAAGGUAGAUUACUAUACUGUUUGAUACUCAAAACAUUUCUUUUGUUUAAAGCAGAAAAUACUAAAUUAUAUAUUUUAAGAGUUUGGUAUAAAAAGUACUUUUGCUUUUUCUAAGAUGUAAAUGAUUCAAGUUUAUAGUUCUCUUUGACCUUUAGAAAUCAAAUUUUUACGCACUGCUUUCUCUUGCUUACGGUGGAUGAUACUGUGACUCUUUGAGUCCCUGUUGACAUAGUGCAAGUUACAUAGGGUAA